GUUAUACAUAUUUGAAUCUCUUGCUUCUCAUGCUGACAUAGUUCUAAGGUUGAAAAGGUACAAUGGCUAAAUUUAGCCAAACAAUCGGGAUGGGAAUAAACCAUUACCAACUGGAAAUAGAUGUUUCUAUUAGCCUAUUUCUCCCCAAUCUCAUAGGAAGAUAUCUAUUGCUUGUAUACCAAAGUGGAGUUUUUUGGGGCCUUCUCCUGGCGAGUUCUGUCUCUUUGCUCUACUCAUGCACCUUUUCAGUUUCUUACUCCUAUUGAUAAUCAAACAGAAAAAUCCAUUGGAAAUAAACCCAUUAAUUCCUGCAAGUAAAUAUACUUUUGUCCUUUUUAUGGUAUUUUGCACGCAUCCUCUUCUUUUUCUUCUGCCUGCCUCUUCUUCUUCUUAUGCACAGGUGAUUGGGGUUUCUUCUGCCUGCUGUCUGCACUGUGCCCAUGGAAAAACCUUUCCUCCAGUAGGAACGCGAUACGGGUGUUUGGCGUGGUUGAUCAAUUGUUUUCGAUUGUUCUUCGAGGAUACUGGUUGUCUCAAAGCCUAAUGGAAGAUCAACGGCUACAGUUGCUGACAACCCGCCCACUGUCUGAUCGCGAAGCCGUGCUCUCGAAUCGGCUCCAAAUUGACGACCUGUAUUCCAGAUUCAUCAAGAGCGAUGAGAGAGAAGAUGGGAUGGUGUAUAUUUUCGAUUGGUUGCAGUUCUUUGUGACUCAACUCUCUCAUGUUCAAGGUAUGUCUUGAUGUGCAUACAUUUCUUACAGCUGCAUAGACCUGCGAUCCCCCCAUUCUUACAGGUAUAUAUUUCUGCUUUGCUUCCAACCGCGAAGUAGUGUGGUCUGCAUAUUGUGUUGUAAUACUUUCUACGUCCCAUAUCCAUUAUUUAUUUGUAACUACAAUGUUCAUUAACUGAGAAAUUGCUGAUAGAAACAAGUGUCAACAGCUUAUUAGGUUUCCAAAAGGCAUGGAAAGAAAACUUCUCAGACCGAAAUCGACAUGUGGUAAGAGGAUGGGGAAAAUAUCUGGGAGCACAUUGUCUCUCUCUUUCUCUCUCUAUCGAAUCUGUCUCUUCUAUCCUUCGCAAUGGUUCAAAAAUGGCGGAUCAGAAGGGGAGGAAUUCAUCUCCUCUUAUCUUCUUCACGACGGUUCAUAUUUCCUUAAAGGCUCGUCUUCCUAAAACCAUUUUCACAAUCUUUUUUUUUUUGAAAAAUUUAUUAUAUUUAUGUGAUUUUAGUUGUUUGGGGUGACUUUCUGGGUUUAUAUUUUUAGUAUUUGUUGCUUAACUUGCAACUUUUUCCUUCUUGAAAUUUGACGUUUGAAAUUUAGCAGCUUGGUUUUGAGCGAUUCAUGCAAUGUGGAAUAUUUUUGUUAUCACGUUUCUGUUUAAUUAACUUUUUUUAGAUCAUGAGGGAAACACUGAACUACUUGUCAUACCUUGAUCAUGUGGACAGUGAAAAACAGGUAUGGGUAUAUCUAGGAUUCGAUGACUUAUUUUCCUGUGCAUUUUAUCAACAGUUCAUUGCAAUCCCUUAUUCAGGAGAGUUUUGAUAAGUAUCUGUGUGGGUCAUGCUUUCUGAAUGAGGACUCAACUUUACGGCUGUUAUUGAUGGGUGAUUUUAAGUGUGUUACUUUUUUAAGAGUUUGAUAUGCAUAUGAGCCAUGGGGUGGCCCGUGACCAGUAUUUGACGCUUUAUGCCUUCUUUUGCAAGCGGAUUGAUCUUCUGUAGAGAGCACUGUGGCUGAUAACUGGAAAGUCCAGGAGCACAUGCAGAAAUAGAUAUUAUGUUAAGUAGGAGAUGGAGGGAUAAGAGUAUUUUGCUCUUUUUACUACUCUUUGACAGUUGACUACUUUAUCUUUCCUUCAACUAACUUUAUUGUGUUUUUUUUCUUGCUAUCUCACAGAUGAUGAAGAAAUUAAGUAAACAACUUAGUGGUGGGGAUUGGACAUGGAACACCUUAAACACUUUUUGUUCGGUAAUAAGAUCUAUAUCUAGGUCCUUGAUGGAGGAACAGAAAUUACGUAAGCAACUAAGUGGUGAGGAUUGUGCAUGGAACACCUUAAACACUUUGUGCUGGGCAAUAGGAUCAAUUUCUGGGUCCAUGAUGGAGGAACAGGUAGUGAAUCAGAAACUCUGUCCACCUCUGAAAAAAAAACACAAGAAACUCUCUGUCUAAGUUGGCAACCGCAACUCAGCAAGCAUUCGGUGACACGUCACGUCUAUAAAAAAAACAAAAAUCUCCCUUCCACAUUCUUCUUCCCUGAAUCAGAACAACAAUGGCUUCGACGCUCCAAGACACUCUCUCCAGACUCAAUCUCAAUGCCGAUUUCGCCUCUUCCUCCCCGAAUCUUGGAAAGAACCUCCACCUCUUGUCGCCGAACCACAUUGAGCUGGCGAAGCUUCUGUUGGAGAUGGAGCAGAGUCAUUUGUUUGAGCGCUGGCCAGAGCCUGGAGUUGAUGAUGAAGAGAAGAAGACAUUUUUUGAUCAGGUGGCUCGGCUUAAUUCAAGCUAUCCUGGGGGUUUGGCAUCAUACAUCAAAACUGCUAGAGAACUCUUAGCAGAUUCGAAAGCAGGAAAAAACCCUUUUGAUGGAUUUACACCUUCUGUUCCAACAGGAGAAUCCUUAACUUUUGGCAAUGAUAACUUCAUCAAGUUUGAGGAGAGGGGUGUCAAAGAAGCCCAAUAUGCUGCAUUUGUUCUUGUUGCUGGUGGACUAGGAGAACGUCUUGGAUAUAAUGGAAUUAAGGUGGCUCUUCCAAUGGAGACUACUUCGGGAACAUGUUUCUUACAACAUUACAUUGAAUCUAUCCUGGCUCUUCAGGACGCUAGUCGUAGACUAGACCAAGGUGAAUUUCAAAAGGAUAUUCCAUUCGUAAUCAUGACAUCUGAUGACACACAUGCACGUACAAUCGAGCUUUUAGAAUCAAAUUCUUACUUUGGGAUGAAACCAACUCAAGUAAAACUUCUUAAGCAGGAAAAAGUUGCAUGUUUAGACGAUAAUGAUGCAAGGCUUGCUGUUGAUCCAAAUAACAAAUUCAGAAUCCAGACGAAACCUCAUGGGCAUGGAGAUGUGCAUUCACUUCUUUAUUCUAGUGGACUUCUUGACGAAUGGCAAGAUGCUGGUUUGAGAUGGGUUCUUUUUUUCCAGGACACAAAUGGUCUUCUAUUCAAGGCAAUUCCAGCUUCAUUGGGUGUUAGUGCAAUCAAGCAAUACCAUGUCAAUUCACUUGCUGUUCCACGCAAAGCAAAAGAAGCUAUUGGUGGGAUUGCCAGACUUACUCAUACUGAUGGAAGGUCAAUGGUGAUCAACGUGGAGUACAAUCAGCUUGAUCCUCUCCUCAGAGCUACUGGAUAUCCUGAUGGAGACGUCAAUUGUGAGACAGGCUUUUCGCCUUUCCCAGGGAAUAUAAACCAAUUGAUUUUGGAACUUGGUCCUUACCUUGAGGAACUCAAGAAAACAGGAGGUGCUAUCAAGGAGUUCGUUAACCCAAAAUAUAAGGAUGCCACAAAAUCUUCCUUCAAGUCCUCUACUAGGCUUGAGUGUAUGAUGCAGGACUAUCCAAUAACAUUGCCUUCAUCAGCAAGGGUUGGAUUCACGGUUAUGGAUAUAUGGCUUGCUUACGCACCAGUGAAGAAUAACCCUGAGGAUGCUGCUAAGGUGCCAAAGGGAAACCCAUACCACAGUGCAACUUCAGGGGAAAUGGCAAUCUAUCGUGCAAACAGUCUCAUUCUAAGGAAGGCUGGUGUCCAAGUUGAGGAUCCUGUACUGCAGGUCUUUAAUGGCCAAGAAGUGGAAGUAUGGUCUCGUAUCACAUGGAAACCGAAAUGGGGAUGUAUUUUUUCAGAGAUCAAAGGCAAAGUUAGUGGAAGUUGCUCUGUUUCUCAACGAUCUACAACAGUCAUUAAGGGCCGCCACAUCUUUCUUGAUAAUAUCUCGUUGGAUGGAGCGCUUAUUGUUGACUCUGUUGAUGAUGCAGAGGUUAAAGUUGGAGGUUCAGUGCAAAACAAGGGUUGGGUCCUUGAAAAUGUCGACUACAGGGAUACCUCAGUACCCGAGGAAAUAAGGAUUAGGGGUUUCAGAAUCAACAAAGUUGAACAGCUCGAAAAGAAAUUUGAUGAGCCUGGCAAGUUCUCUUUGAAGCCUUGAGGAUUAAUUUAUACAAGGAUUCUGCAUUCUCUUUCCAAAUUACAUUUUUUCUAUGCUUACAAACUGAUGCAUAAUCUAGAAAUAAAUCACCUUUUAUCUUCUGUCGCUUACUACCCUUAAGUUGGGAUCGGAUUUGUCAUUAUGAGAUAAGAUGAGGUGAUGUGAGCAGUUGGAAACUAUGUCAUCUCUCUUUGUUUAGGUUAAAAAAAUUUUGAUUUCUCAUUCUUUAUCUUCCCAGAUGAAGAACAGCAUAUGUUAUAAUAACAGUUGCAUUACAUGAAACACUUCUUCCCUGUGAU